AUGAUGAAAAGAAGGCGACUGUGGGAUUAUUCAUUCCAGCUUCCCUGGAUGAUGAUGGAUGGAGGGAUAUUCACUGCCACUUUGGUGACAUCUUAGAACAUGACACCAAAUUCUAGCAUGACCCUGGAACAGAAAACAAUGUUUGCCUUUGUGAUUUUAUUAUUUAUUUUCUUGGGAAUCCUCAUUGUUCGCUGCUUCCGAAUUCUCCUCGACCCCUACCGGAGUAUGCCAACCUCAACCUGGGCUGAUGGACUUGAUGGACUGGAGAAAGGCCAGUUUGACUAUGCUCUUGCUUAG